UUAGAGCCCGCACAACUCCGCUCGGCCCCUCGGGAACACAAGUGGAGCUGUCCUCCCCUGCUCCACACCCUUCCCUGGCGCCGCAGAGCUCCCAACGAAGCAAAUUGAGCGUCUAUAGGGAACUCCAUCUCCCAUCGGUCUCUUCUCUGGAUGCCUACACUUCCCAUCAUGCAUCACAGGUCCUACUCCUUAGAUUGUUCCCUGCUCCGCCUCCGGUUUUGGCUCUUGCCUUACGUCACGGGCCCCCAGUCUCCGCUUCAUAUCCUCGUCCUGACUACCGCGAGAGGGCGUGGCCCUGCACGAUCGCGACGCCCGUUGGCUGUCGCAUCGCAGGUGGGGCGUGGCCACGGGAGCCGGGCGGGCACAUUUCGAAACGCGGUUGGGCGGCGGCGACUGAAGAUGCAGCCGGCCGGCUUGGCGGCGGCGGCGGCGGGGACGCCCCGGCAGCGUAAGUGGCCCUCGAAGCGGAGGAUCCCCGUGUCCCAGCCAGGCAUGGCUGACCCCCACCAGCUUUUCGAUGACACGAGUUCAGCCCAAAGCCGGGGCUACGGGGCCCAGCGGACACCCAGCGGCCCGGGCUACCCUGCAGCCUCGCCCCAGGCAGCCUUCCUGGAUGACCCUGUGUCCAGUAUGGCCAUGGCCUAUGGGAGCAGCCUGGCUGCACAGGGCAAGGAGCUGGUGGAUAAGAAUAUUGACCGCUUCAUCCCUGUCACGAAGCUCAAGUAUUAUUUUGCCGUGGACACCAUGUAUGUGGGCAGAAAGCUGGGCCUGCUCUUCUUCCCCUACCUGCACCAGGACUGGGAGGUGCAGUACCAGCAGGACAUGCCAGUGGCCCCCCGCUUUGAUGUCAACGCUCCUGACCUCUACAUUCCAGCUAUGGCUUUCAUCACCUACAUCUUGGUGGCUGGCCUGGCACUAGGGACCCAGGAUAGGUUCUCCCCAGAUCUCCUAGGGUUGCAGGCCAGCUCGGCAUUGGCCUGGUUGACAUUGGAAGUGCUGGCCAUCCUGCUCAGCCUCUACUUGGUCACUGUCAACACCGACCUCACCACUAUUGACCUGGUAGCCUUCUUGGGCUACAAAUAUGUUGGGAUGAUUGGCGGGGUCCUCAUGGGCCUGCUGUUUGGCAAGAUUGGCUACUACCUGGUGCUGGGCUGGUGCUGUGUGUCCAUCUUCGUGUUCAUGAUCCGGACGCUGCGUCUGAAGAUCCUGGCCGAGGCGGUGGCCGAAGGGGUCCCAGUGCGCGGGGCGCGGAACCAGCUGCGCAUGUACCUGACCAUGGCCGUGGCGGCGGCGCAGCCUCUGCUCAUGUACUGGCUCACCUUCCACCUGGUGCGGUGAGGGCUGCCCGCCGAAGCCUCCAGCUGGUAUUUCUGGCGGCCCCCGCGCUGCCUCUGCUCAUCUCCCUCCGCCGGUGGCCACAGGGUCCGCCCGCGGUGUCCCCGGCGCCGCCCCCAUCUCGAGACCCCCCUACCCUUCGCCAAGGUGCUGAGAUGUCCAGCUGCACAGGCCGCCCCCCGCAGUGCGGCCACUGUUCCGGAAACAAUAAACCGUAAUGGGCACGGCG